CACGAGACAAGUAUCCGUAUGAAGAGUGUGGAUUUCCACUGGCUGCUGGCUGCCAUUGUAGCAGUCUUUUCUGCCCUGCCAUGUGAUGCGCAGUACGUGUACGCCACGGUGGAGCAGGGCGACUUGCGAGGCAGCGUGGAGCAGACGGUGCUGGGGACGACGUACCACAGGUACCUCGCCAUCCCGUUCGCCGAGCCGCCGAUCGGGGAGCUGCGGUUCGUGAAAUCCCGGCCCCCUGUCGCCUGGGAGGGCGUACGGGACGCCCUGGAGGAGGCGCCGCUGUGCCUGCAGCCGGACAAGGGCUCCGAGGACUGCCUCUACCUCAACGUCUUCGUGCCCGAGGAGGCGGCGGCGGCGGCCAACGCCUCUGGGGAGCUGUUGCCCGUACUCGCCUGGAUUCCAGGGGGCGGCUACCAACAUGGAGGGGCCUCGCUGGCUGGUUUCGGCCCAGACUUCUUCCUCGACCGCGGCAUCGUUGUCGUUACCAUGAACUACCGACUGUCCGCUCUGGGAUUCCUCAGUCUGGAAGACGAGGUGGUUCCCGGUAAUGCGGGUCUCAAAGAUCAGGUGAUGGCUCUGGAGUGGGUGCAGAAGAACAUCGCAGCCUUUGGAGGUGACCCCAGCAGGGUGACCAUCGGCGGUGAAAGUGCGGGAGGCUGCUCCACUUCACACCACCUGCUAUCCUCGAGGUCUGCAGGCCAACCAAAUAACCAUCCCUAG